AUGUCAACGACAAGUGGCUCAACGCCGAACGGUGCGGCGGCGAAGAAGCCCAACGGGAAGAAGGAGAUCAAGAUUCUCAUGCUCCACGGGUACACCCAGUCGGGCCCCCUCUUCCGCUCCAAGACUCGUGCCCUAGAGAAACUCAUGGUCAAGUCUCUGGGCUCCUUUAACCUCGUCCCAUCCCUCUUCUACCCCACAGGCCCGAGCAAGCUCUCACCCCGCGACAUCCCCGGCUUCGUCCCCGACGAGUCGGGCGGCGAAGAGCAGGACAUCGACGCCUGGGCCUGGUGGCGCAAGGACGACUCCACAGGCUCCUACCGCUUCCUCGCCGCCGGCGUCUCCGCCGUCGCCGACGCGGUGCGCGAGGCUGGCGGCAACGUUGAUGGUGUGGUGGGCUUCAGCCAGGGCGGCGCCUUCGCCGCGCUGCUAACCGCGAUGCUCGAGACGCCGCACCGUGACGAGGGAAAGAUCCCUGAGGACUUGAAGGCGUCGGUGCAGGCGCUGAGGGAGGCGAAUGGCGGGCAACCGUUCAAGUUUGCGGCGAUUUACUCGGGCUUUUAUGCGCCGCCUGAGGAGCUGCAGUGGGCUUACGAGCCCAAAAUCAAGACACCUACGCUGCAUUUCAUUGGAAGCCUCGACACUGUGGUGGAAGAGUCACGGAGUAAUGGGCUGGUGGACCGCUGUGAAGCCCCGAUGGUGGUCGUUCACCCCGGCGGUCAUUACGUGCCCAUCUCCAAGGAGUGGGCUAUGCCGCUUAUUGGCUUCAUCAAAAAGAUUGCCGAUGAGGAAGCGGCAAAGAGCAACAUUUAG